GAACAUUUUAGAGAAAAGAAGAAGGGUCCGUUUUGUGUUUUGGCUUGAUUGGAUUGUAUGAAUGAAUUGAAUGAAUCAGAAUGAAUGACGGAUCUUGGAAUGAGUGGUGGGAUUGAUCCAGGAUUGAUCCAACGGGAUUGAUCGGUAUCUGGAUAGUGAGUGUGUAAAUGAGCAGCAUUUCAGUUGCAGCUGACGUUGAGGUGGAGGUCACUGGUCAGGUCACGGUCAGAGGUUGAGGAGGUGGCUCCAGCUCCUCCAGCUCAAGCUCGAGCAGGGGCUGGUGGAAGUACUUUUGUUGGAUGUAAUGGCUGAAGGGGGUGAUGAGAACACCUUGUUGAAAACUGAGAAGCAAAGGUUGUCUUGUGAGGACCUGGACAAAAUUGAACCCAUCUCUCCCGAGGAGGAAAAAGAGGAAGGUGUACUGGAAGGUGAAUUUGCCAAGUCAAACCAAACUGAAGCUGAAAAAGAAGGUUUGUCACCAACUACUGAGUCUUCAGAGGAUAUGGACAAAAUACGCCAGUUUUUCGCCGAGAAGCUACACAUUGGAUCUUUAGCAAAUGAGCUCAAGGUGUUGGAGACGGUCGACUUUGAGGGCGUGAUGAAGUACAUCCGCGACGGCUGCUGCAAGAACAUCGUGACGAUGGCCGGCGCCGGCAUGUCCACCUCCGCCGGCAUCCCCGACUUCCGCUCGCCGGGCAGCGGUCUGUAUGACAACCUGGCCAAGUAUGACCUGCCGCGGCCCGAGGCCGUCUUCGAUAUCGACUUUUUCCGCAAGCAGCCGGAGCCGUUCUUCGACCUGGCGCGCUCUCUGUACCCCAGCGAGCUGAAGCCCACACUCUGUCAUCGCUUCAUCCGACUUCUGGAGCAGAAGGGUCUGCUGCUGCGUCACUACACGCAAAACAUCGACACACUGGAGCGAGCGGCCGGUGUCAGCGACGAUAAGAUAGUGGAGGCGCACGGCACGUUCCACACGUCUCACUGCACCGGCUGUCGGCGCGAGUACGACCAGCAGUGGAUGAAAGAGCAGAUAUUCUCCACCGACCUGCCCCGCUGCCAGUCCUGCGAGGCCGUCGUGAAACCGGACAUUGUGUUUUUCGGCGAGAGUCUGCCGGCGCGCUUCUUUGAGCUGGUGUCUGACGACCUGCGCCGCUGUGACCUGCUCAUCAUCCUAGGCACGUCUCUGGUGGUGCAGCCCUUUGCCACAUUGGUCGACCGCGUACAGGACACGUGUCCCCGGCUGCUGGUGAACAAAGAGAAGGUGGGACGGCCCAGCGUGCUGAUGCGACUGUUCGGUCAGAAGGGACUCGACUUUGACAGCGCCUCCAACUACCGGGACGUGUGCUGGCUGGGAACCUGCGACGACGGCGCUCGGGCCAUGGCGGCCGCUCUCGGCUGGGAGGAGGACCUCCGUAAGUUGGAGUCAGAAGCGGACACAUGAGCGGCCUGGCCGGCUGUGGGGACUUCUAAUGGCGCGUGGGAUGACGAAACAGCAGCUAGUCUGCGAUGAAGAUACAGCGGGCCGGAUAUUGGAUAUUUAUCCGUCCGAACUCGCAAGUGAUAAUGUGUUGUCUGGAGGGAUACUAUGGAGUGACAGUGAUAAUGUGUCGAUAGGAAUGUCGAAAAUGCAAUGUGUCUAAAGGGAUGUAUCUGUGUUAUAGUGCACCGUCGGACGGUUUUGCCUUGGCGUCCACUUUAGGUCGAUAUGCGAAUACAAUACACGUGCGUAAUUCAGAAACUGCAGCAACGCAAGUUCCAUUGCAAUGCAACACAUAGUUAGCUGUGGAUAUUGACAACUGACUGGCCAUUUGUAUUAUCGUGCUGGCAGAUGGAUAAACACGACAUCCAACGUUCUAUUUCGUGUAGUCACUGCACGCUUCAUUUUAACUGCACUGCACGUUAUAGGUCUAAGGUGAUGAUAUGUAAUAAAUGGCGGUAACAUA